ACCUCAAACAUAAUAAUACUACUUCAUUUUUCCUACACCAACAUAAGUAUAGUUAUUUUUGCACAUAUAAUCAAGAAAUAUGAGUAAGGAUACAAUAGAUGCUUAACAAGAAAGUUGAAAAAACAAAGGUCCUACACUUUUUGUUUGUUCCUCUUAAAAAUCUAACAACAUUUAUUUAUAUAUAUUUGUUACUUUGUUUUCCAACCCCCCCACACACACCUCUAAAUUGUACCAAUCUAACGACAAAAACCAGCAAAACACAAACUCCCUCUAAAUUCUAGCCUCUUUUUUCUCUCUCUUUUUUUUUUCACCCUCUUGUUCACAAUUUCAUUUACAACCCAUUAUUCCAUUUCAUUUUGUGGUUCCAAAAACAAGAACAAGAACAAAUAUCAAUCUAUCUAAUAUCUCUCAAUCUAUCUCUAUUAUUCAUUUUUUUUCAUUAAUAUAUGCAAAUGAAUAAGAAGUGGAUGCAAUGGAUUACUCAAAUUCUAAUGACCCUUUUGUUGAUUCAAAUCAUUGUUGUUCAUAGCUUGAACAAUGAGGAGGAAGGUGAGGAUGAAGAUGAGAGAAUGAGUCUAGAACUUGUGCAUAGACAUGAUUCUAGAUUUGUUGAUGAUGUAGAUCAAGUUGAAGCUGUAAAAGGGUUCCUUAGUAGAGAUUUACAAAGAAGAGAAAGGAUGAAUGAAAUAAUGAUAAGAAAAAGCCAAGGAUUAAGUAGAAGAAAAAACAUUGAAAUGAAACCACAAUUUCAAUUACCAAUGCUUUCAGGAAGAGAUGAAAAACUUGGUGAGUAUUUUGUUGAUGUUGAAGUUGGAACACCAGGACAAAGUUUUUGGGUUAUUGCUGAUACAGGAAAUGAUUUAACAUGGUUUAAUUGUAUGAAAAAGGUUCAUAAGAGUAACCAUGGUCAUGGUGGUGGAAGACAUAAACAUAGAAGUCGAGGGUCACAUACCAAGACAAGAACAAGAACAAGAACAAAAUCAAGAACAAGAACAUCAAAAAGGAGAAGAAGGGUUGGUACUAAUAAUCCUUGUCAUGGUGUGUUUUGUCCACAUCAAUCUCAUACAUUUAAACAAGUUUCUUGUGCAUCUAAAACUUGUAAGGAGGAUCUAAGUGCUGUUUACUCUCUUCAAGAAUGUCCUAGUCCUUCUGAUCCUUGCCUUUAUGAUAUCAGCUAUGCUGAUGGAUCAUCUGCUGCUGGAUUCUUUGGCACUGACACAAUAACAGUAAACCUAACAAAUGGAAGGAAAGGAAAGCUUCAAAAUCUAACAAUUGGAUGCACACAAUCAAUGGCUAAUAGUGUAUCAUUCACUGAAGACACAGGUGGAAUAUUAGGUUUAGGUUUGGCAAAAGAUUCAUUUGUUGAGAAAGCAGGUUUAGCAUAUGGUGCAAAAUUCUCCUAUUGUCUUGUUGACCAUUUGAGUCACAAAGAUGUUUCAAGCUACCUAACAUUUGGAACACCAAAAGAAAAAGUGUUAACUAAAAUGAAAAAAACAGAGCUUUUAAUUUAUCCACCAUUUUAUGGUGUGAAUGUGAUCGGCAUCUCAAUCGCCGAUCAAAUGUUGAAAAUCCCACCUAAGGUUUGGAAUUUUGAUACUCAAGGAGGUAUGAUACUUGACUCAGGAACAUCCUUAGCAACAUUUGUUGUCGAAGCUUAUGAUCCGAUUGUCAGCGCAUUGGAAAAAUCUUUGAAAAAUGUGAAAAGGGUUGAUAAGAGUAUUAGUAUUUUGGAUUUUUGCUUUGAUAGUGAAGGUUUUGAUGAAAGUACUGUGCCAAGAUUAGCUUUUCAUUUUUCUGGAGGAGCAAGGUUUGAGCCACCAGUGAAGAGUUACAUCAUUGAUGUUGGACCAAUGAUGAAAUGUAUUGGAAUUGUGCCAAUAAAUGGAACUGGUGCUUCUGUUAUUGGUAAUAUUUUGCAACAAAAUCAUCUUUGGGAAUUUGAUUUGGCUAAUAACAUUGUUGGAUUUGCACCUUCUAAAUGCAACUAGAACUCAUUCUCUUGGAGAGUUACAUUUGGUGUUUCUUAAGUUGGAAUUGGAUUAUUAUUUUUUAGAUUUGUUCUUUUUUUCUUUUUCAAAUGUUUGUAAUAUAUUACAUGUAAACUUGUAUCAUACAUCUAAUUUGAGUUUUUGUGAUGUAAUUGAUUCAAUGGUAUGGAUAUAUGUUGCAUUCA